CACCAUCGUCUCCCUCCCUCUCUCCCCAGGUAUGCUGGAGGAUGGGAAGAAGUUUGAUUCCUCUCGCGACAGGAACAAGCCGUUCAAGUUCGUGAUGGGCAAGCAGGAGGUGAUCCGCGGCUGGGAGGAAGGAGUCGCUCAGAUGAGUGUUGGUCAACGGGCAAAGAUGACCAUCUCCCCAGAUUACGCCUACGGCUCUACUGGCCACCCAGGGAUCAUCCCACCUAACGCCACUCUAAUUUUUGACGUGGAGCUCAUGAAAUUGGAAUGACCUACCCCAGCACCCUGUCCUCGGGUAAGGAUGGGGACGGGGAGUCUCGUGGCUCGGGGGUGACUC